UAAAAACAGAUUACCAGCGGCAGGGGAAUUAAGAUCAAAAUACCCGUCCCUACCGGUUGUUAGUCGCUUAAUACUUGAAAACUUUAGUCUUACAACAGUUUCACUGCAACCAUGUUGGGGGCAGAUAUAAUGCAAUGGAUGUUUUUACACGAAAAGAGAUUGCUUUUCCCAAGGCGCACCUGUCGAAGUUUACACCGAUUUCUCGGUUGCCUCGUUUGGCAGCUUUGAUGAAGUCAACAUGAAAUACAGCAUCGACAUGUUUUUCCGUCAAUCAUGGACGGACAAUAGACUUCGUCAUCGAAUGAACGAAACUUUAACGCUGACUUUAGGAACCAAACACCCAGCAGAUUUUAUCUGGGUUCCAGACACAGUGUUCAUGGACGCAAGUACUGCUCAUAUGCAUACAGUGAUGGUUAAUAACCACAAGCUGGAUAUCRAUCCUGAUGGAAGAAUACUCUGGGGAUCAAGAGCAACUGUCACAGCACGCUGCUACAUGAAUCUUCAUAGAUUCCCAAUGGACGAACAAUCYUGCCCACUCAGAGCCAUAAGUUACGCCUACCCGGUUCGUCAUUUAGUGUACAGGUGGAAAAGCUCCCCUGGAGUCAAGGUACUCAAUGGAGAAAUGUCGCAGUUCUAUCUGAGUAAGAUUGAAACGGUAUUGCGAAACGAGGAAUACGUCGCAGGUGAAUACUCGGUUCUCGUGGCAACUUUUUCAUUCAAUCGUCGCAUUGGCUUCUAUCUCAUCCAGGUCUAUAUUCCUUGUAUGGCUAUUGUCUUCGUCGCCUGGAUGUCUCUAUGGGUCGAUAGAAAAGCUACCCCCGCGAGGGUCAGUUUGUGCAUCACAACUCUUCUAACCAUAUCUACCAUCUGGGGCAAUGUCAAUGUCGGGAUGCCUCGUGUGUCAUACGUUAAGUCUAUCGAUAUCUACCUGAUGACCUCGUUUGUAUUCGUACUUGGGACACUGUUAGAGUAUGUUGUGGUCAUGAAAAGACACCGAAUYAAGCUCUCUUGUAAACUUCCUGAACUCUUUCGGGGUCGUUGCCGUUCAAGUCACUCCUUCACUAGUGACGAAUUGCCGACACACACCAUUAAAAUGGCUAACAUUAGAAGAUCAACAUCUACUCCUUCCACCGUCAAUAAUGAUAUAAAUAUCUAUGGCAUGUUUGACAUGAAAUACUCUAACGGACCAAUCAAAUGUAGACGUUCUAAAAAGAAAUGCGAAGAGGCAAAAGACUCUUCAAUCGUGGACAUUUACGCUAGGAUUGGUUUCAUGCUGAUUUAUAUUAUUUUUAAYGCCAUUUACUGGGCUAUCCUCUUCCUACCGCCAUCAUCGGAUUAGAGUUUGAUCAUGUCUSUACUGUGUUACGUACACAUAAGCUUAUUAGUUCAUUCUCAAAGGAUUUUUCAGAAUUAAUUUACAACCAAUGAUUAAAAGAAUACACCAAAUGGUAACUCUGGAUUGACAAAA